AUGUGUCUCGCUCGCCAGCACUCCCUUGCGUUUAUCAUGGAUUCAUUCAAUGUCGAUCAGCAGCUGUUGCUUGUCUCAGGGCAGCCCUUGAGUUUAGGAUCUCCGGGCCUCGACCUGCCAGGCUGGACAGACGUCAGUCAAGGACACGGGGGUUCUGUAUCACCCAGGUCUCACUCUCCAAGUGAUGUUUUGCAUGAAGUUCCACAGCAGCCUCUUCCUGCGUACAAUGCCGUGGCCGCCCCCUACUUCAGUGGCUACUCUGUUGGCCAAUGCGACAUGGACAUGGGUUUCAACUUUGGCCCCACCGCGGACGGUCAUUUCGUCGAUCAGAGGUCCGCAUUCCAGCAUGGACCCGGUAACGAGGUCGACUUUCGUUAUAUUGCCAAUAGCAUGCUGUUCGACCAGCCCCAUCAACUAUACGGGCCACUUACGCCUCCUGUUGUCAGUGAGGUCCCGACAUACCCUCCGUGGGGUUAUGUGGACUACAUGCCCACUCAAGAAUGGUCGCCUGAAUUGCUUAGACGCGAGUCACAUUCUUCUUCCGACACGUCCGAUUUCAGGUCACAUAAUUCGAAGGAGACCGCUGCUUCAGAAACCAAACAACAUGCUGCAAGCGAAGCCUCAACUCAACCUUCAUCGUUGAAGGAGAACUUGCCGCUAGACUACUUCCACCGUUAUCCGUGCCCGUAUCCGGGCUGCCGCAUGCGUUUCAAGCGAAAGGAACACGCCAAACGUCACCAUAUCUCAAAGCACUUGGGUAAGGGAAUACGCUUGACUUGCGAGUUUUGUGGCAAAAACACCUUUAACCGCGCUGACAACUUGAACGCGCAUCGCAAACUACAUGCCCGUCGCCGUCCUGCAAUCUCUAGUGGCGUUCAUUAUAUUCCCCAUGCCGAGACAAUCCUGAACGUUCAAAAGGAGAAACUUGACGGCGAAAUAGAAUUUGUUUCAUGUAACACCAAGUUGGAUGCCAGAAAGACAUAA